CAAAGGAAAGGAAGAAGGAAAAAUGGCGUACCGGAUGCUCAAUAACUUGAACAUCCUGAACGAAAACAUGAGAUGCAGGGCACCAACUAACAGCCCUGUGCCAGUUACAUCCAGACUGGUCAGGAUUGCAUUCACAGCACAAAAGCCGCCCAGACCACGCGCAGCCGACCCACGAAGACGACAGAAGCCUGAAAUGGGCCUAUCAGAAGGGCUUCGGACGGUCAGACCUAAAACCGCCCACCCAAAGAAACGGCGAAGUCUGGUGAAUGGUAGCCCAAUAAACCCGUCUCCGAAAUGGAAAGGUGGUAGGCCUAAGGCAGCCCACCACAUGAACCAUCCUAUGUUCAUUCCGGGAAGGGAGGAAAGUAGUGAUGAGGAGAAAUUCUCAGAAGUUCCCUUCGAGGAACUGACAAAAAACCAGGAACGAGGAUCGUUUGUGCCAGAGUCCCCCUUCUCUGAUGAAGGAGAAGCUAUCAAGGAACUGGAAAUGGUAAUGAGGUUGAGUCCUGGUUCAGGGAUGUCUGAAUCAACGACUUCCAAACGACCUCUUAACCGCUUACGGCAAUUUCAACUUCCAGGUGCCGUUUUUGAUACAGAUUCGGAGGAGGAAAUUGUGGAGCAAAAGAAGGCUCAAAUUCUGAAUACAGAAUCCUUUUCCAACACAAGAAAGGGCAACAGAUGCUGCAGAAUACGCAGAAGAGGAAGAGCUAUCAUAUCUUCUUUGAGAAGGACGUUACUCAGUGUCACACAGAAGGUCCUGUGUCUCAAUUAAACGAGACUAAUUUGUGCUCUGCCUAUGGCCAUUCACAUGUCGGUCAGAUUCUUCAGUACCCCCAGAUUUCAGUGUUUCUUC